GAAUGCACCAUGUUCCGCCAUUCCUUACCGCAUCUACAUUCUACCCUCAUCCAAACUUCAUCCAGAAACAUAUCCCGAAGAACGAUUGCUUCUCUUCCUACUCGAAACCCCCUCUUGCACACCCAAUGCCGUCCUCGAAUAUUACCCCUAGGCAAUGGUCAUGAUCCACGACACUCCUUGACCCCUCUUUUUGUCGCUGGUUUUCAUUCAACACACAGACGGCAAGGAUUGCCUAUAAUCCCCUUGCUGGCCAUCCUGAAAGCCUCCACUGCUCUCGAAAUAGCACGCACCGCAGGUCGUAUCGCCUUCACUUUCAUCCCACUCCUCAUCCUCAAAAACUGCAAGUCAAGAAAGAUUCUGCAGAGGGUCGAACAUGCGGAGAAGAAUAACAUCGAGCUUCCGUGGAUGAAGGAUCCGAAACGAAAGCGGGAGACACUGAUGAAGAGGAUGAGGACCAGGGCGCUUCUGUUCCAUGCAUUGAUGUUCACGCCAUUCGUACUUUUCUGGGGAGCAAUCAUUGCAAGUUUGGAACGGACACCGUUAACUGGCAGGUGGCGCCUCAUCCUUCUCUCGCCCGAAGAGGAAGAAGAAAUAUCUUCACAACUCGCCGGAUCUGGCUGGUACCAUGCCAUUGGUGAGAUCCUCGCCAAGGACGGACCUAUAAACCCCAUUCCACCAGGCGACUGGCGGCAUGCGUGGGUCGCCGACACCCUUCGACGUCUCGAAACGGUCAUUCCUCUUCUAGGAAACGAACGUAUGCUCGAGCCACAAUGGCUCGAACGAAGUGCAGAUGAUAUCCCUCUUCCUCCACCCGCCGAAUUUCCCCUCAAACCUCGUCCACGGGCCUCCGAGGUACUACAUACGCUUUGCCAGAUGUCGACCGCGAGGGAUCCAGCACCAGGGCCUGCACCACAUAUUAUCCCGGGACCCCCCUACUCACUUGUAUUGAUCGAUAACCCCGAGUCAUGCAAUGCAUUUUCGUAUGGCUUUGGGCCGGACGGGGCAGGCGGCGUCGUAGUAUUCUCGGGAUUCCUCGACCAAAUACUCGCUAAACAACCCCUGGAGCAAGUUAUCUUAGAACAACCAUCCUCAUCCUCAUGGUUAUCCUCCCUCUUCGGUUCUCUCUUUUCAUCGCCACAACCGUCCGUCAUCUCAUAUCGCCCCACCCCCGAACAAACUUCCGACCUCGCCAUCCUCCUAGCUCACGAACUCGCACACCUCGUGCUCUCCCAUCAUCUGGAGACUUUGAGCUCGCGGACGAUCGUCAUUCCUGGCGUGCUGUCGAUCCUUUCGGAUCUAUUGAGGACCUUAACGUUCCCGUUGACGAUGCUUUUUGGACCGUUUGUGAACGAUGCCGUAGCACAGAUGGGGAAGGUGGGGUCGGGAGAGCUAGGGAUCAUACAUGAAAACUGUACGACCAUGCUUCAAGAGAUCGAGGCGGAUGUGGUCUCGGCAAGACUUCUCGCCCAUGCAGGCUUCGAUCCCCGUCGCGCGGUCCAGUUCUGGGAGGACCGCUCGGACGAGGCGAACACCGAAUGCGGACCUACCGCCAAUCCUGUUUCUACCGCCGACAAAGCUGCGCAGAAAAAGGUGAAGAAGGAGAGCUGGUCUAUGGCUAUGAAGUUGACGAGUUCAGACCAUCCGAUGAAUGAGGUGAGGGUGAAGGAGUUGAGGGCAGAGUUGCAGAGGUGGCAGGAGGAGAGGGAGAAGAUAGUGGCGGCUAAUGAGCGGGCGCGGAGAGAGGCAACGGAGCCCUAACGUAACGAUGUGGCGAUAAUGUCUUUGUUUGAGUAGGUGACAGGACUUAGAGUUCUUCGAGUUUCUACGUUAGAUCUGGCAGUUCUUUGUGUCCAUUUCUCUACUCCCCAUCCCCCCCCCCCCUACCUUGAUGACUUCAUCUUCUUUCCUUUCCUUUUCCUUUUGCUUUUCGUCGUCGUCGAAGCCAGGUUUACGGCAACUAUAGUCGUCCUGCUCCACACUCGUUUACUAUUCAUUUCCUCUCGACGUUCCGUUUCUCCUUGCUCGCUAUCGGUAUCAGCUUCUUCGUUUGUUCAUUCAAUCAUCUAUCUAUCUUACCAUGUACCACCACCACCUCGAUCUCAUCCUUGUACUCUAUAACCGCGCUAUCCUAUUAUUAUACGCCCUUACACAAACUAUACACAGCCGUCUGCUCCUCUUCAUGGCGGGCCAUCGAGUCUCGGCAUGCACAUACGUACAUACCACACACUUACUGGCAGCGUCUGCGGAUCUGACAAUGGACAAGCUCGUUACUACUUUCGAGGGCUUGCGCACUUGGGAGUAUGCCAGUGUAUAUAUUCGGAGCGAUUCAGGUGUA